AUUAUGGGAACGCCCCUGGCGGGCUGUCGGGCGGGCGGCAUCCAAUUUUGUCCGGAGCAUAUCUCCUACAUGUAUGGAGGGAUUUUAAUGAAACUUCAUAGAAAUGUUCACCACUAUGAGGAGCAGUGUCGCGCACAUGAACCAGGUCUCUAGGUCAAAGGUCAAGGUCACACUUAGAGCUCAUUGAAAAAUGCUUGUCCGGAGCAAAACUUCCACAUGCAUAGAGGGAUUUCAAUAUUACUUGGCACAAAUGUUCACCAUUGUGAGGCGGAGUGUCGCGCGCAAGAUUCAGGUCCUUGCGGCCAAGGUCAAGGUCACACAUAGAGGUCAAAGUGCAGAUAAAAAUAUGAAGAUGUGUAUAUGGACCAUUUAGUCAUCAUUUAUUGAGGGAUUGUAACACAAGUGGUCAUUAUCAAGACUAUGGCUGUGAUACAUAUAAUUUAGGUCAAUAUAUACAAGGUCAAUGUCACUAAAGAUGAUGAAAUAUCCAGAUUUUGUCCGGAGCAUAUCUCCUACACGCAUGGAUGGAUUUUAAUGAAAUUUCAUAGAAAUGUUCACCAUUAUGAGAAGCCAUGUCAUGCACAUGAACUAGGUCAAAGGUCAAGGUCACACUUAGAGCUCAUUGAAAAACGCUUGUCCGGAGCAAAACUUCCACAUGCAUAGAGGGAUUUCAAUAUAACUUGGCACAAAUGUUCACCAUUGUGAGGCGGAGUGUCUCGCACAAAAUUCAGGUCCCUGCAGCCAAGGUCAAGGUCACACAUAGAGGUCAAAGUUUAGAUAAAAAUAUGAAGAUGUGUAUAGGGAUGAUUAAAUCAUCAUUUAUUGAGGGAUUGUAGCACAAAUGGUCAUUAUCAUGACUACGGCUGUGACACAUGUACUUUAGGUCAAUAUAUGCAAGGUCAAGGUCACUAAAGAUGGUGAAAUAUGCAGAUUUUGUCUGGAGCAUAUCUCCUUCAUGUAUGGAAGAAUUUUUAUGAUACUUUAUGGAAAUGUUCACCACCAUGAUAUGUAUUGCUCCAUGCAUGAUCCAGGUCAAAGGUCAAGGUCACACUUAGAGCUCAUUGAAAAACGCUUGUCCGGAGCAAAACUUCUACAUUCAUAGGGGGAUUUCAAUAUAAUUUGGCACAAAUGUUCACCAUUGUGAGGCUGAGUGUCGCACGCAAAAUUCAGAUCCCUGCGACCAAAGUCAAGGUUACACAUAGAGGUCAAAGUUCAGAUAAAAAUUUGAAGAUGUGUAUAGGGACCAUUUAGUCAUCAUUUAUUGAUGGAUUGUAGCACAAAUGGUAACUAUCAUGACUACAGGUGUGACACAUUUAAUUUAGGUUAAUAUUUGCAAGGUCAAGGUCACUGGAGAUGAUUAAAUAUCCAGAUGUUGUCCGGAGCAUAUUUUCUACAUGCAUGGAGGAAUUUUAAUGUUACUUUAUAGAAUUGUCCACCACCAUGAGACGUAGUGCCCUGCACAUGAACCAAGUCUCUAGGUCAAAGGUGAAGGUCACAGUUAGACGUCAUAGAAAAACGCUUGUCUGGAGCUUCUACAUGCAUAGAGGGAUUUCAAUAUAAUUUGGCACAAAUGUUCAUCAUUGUGAGGCUGAGUGCCGUGCAUAAAAUUCAGGUCCCUGCGACCAAGGUCAAGGUCACAUAUCCUGUGCAUAUCUUCCCUACUGAUUUGUUUUAAGGUUCAUUUAACAACACUGUGCCAAGAAUAAAAACUUGCUUCCUAGAUAACACUUAUCCAUAAUGCCCCCAUCUCCAUCUAAAGCUUUCGUAAACGGGCGUAUUUUGUGACUAUGGCACCCUUGUUUUAUAUAGAUAAUGAAAAAAAAAAGAUGUAAACAAGGGACUCCACUGAGGUUUUUUUACAUGAGGGGACUGAAAAUACUUUUUCCAGAUAAAUGUACCAUUUGAUGUAGGUGUAGACCACGAAUCUUUGUGCAAACUUUCAGAUCAUUCACGCACUUCGUUUUUCCAUUAUGAUUAUUCAAAUUGUAAAGAAAUGACCCAAAAUGAAAAGUGUUUAAACGCUUUUCACUCAAAUAAGGCUAAGAAAAGCAUAAUACUACGAUUUUCGAUUUAUUUUAAGGUGUAUUUCUUAACUAUCUUUGCAUAUAUUCCGUUUAAAGCGCCCCAGUUCAUUUAUGUAAGAAAUUCUAAUGUUAUGAUUUUUAGGCUUUUAAACCUCAGUGUAGUCCCUUUAAUUAUGUACAUUUGUGAAAUGAAAAGAUCUUCAUUUCAAAAAAAUAGUUCAAAUGUCCUUACUGUAUCCUGCAAUUUAAAUAAAAUGGUGUCCGAACUUUUGAGCAGAUGUCCGUGCUUUAACCUCUAUUGUCCGUACUUACCCAGUUUUACAUAGCUCAAUAAAUGUGCAAAUUGUGAUAUUGUUUGGCAUAACGAAAACGUCCGUGUAGAUUGUCAUCCAAAUGACAACAGCCAAUCACAUUUAGGAUAUCUUUUGCAUAAUGUCAUGGCGGAAAAACCCCUACUUUCGAUUUAAACAUCCGUGAUAAUUAAUAUAUAUAUAAAUAAUGUACUGUUAACUUUUAUAUCAGUUCUUUGAAUUUACAUAAUUAAGGUUGACUUUUACCCGAUAUAUUGGAAUAAACUAAGUCAUAAAACAAGUAAUAGUUUGUAUUACUUUUGUGUUCGAGGUUUUUAUCCGAAGUUUGACGAAAAGGGCGGAGAAGUUGUGAUUAGUCAAUUGUGAAACAAUUAAAACCGCCAUGUCUGUUUGUAAAUGGAUGUAAAGUAACUAUGUGGCAGGAAGGUGACUCUAAAUCUGGAUCAGAUAAGUUUGUUGAAAGUGAUGAAAAGCAGGAACAAAAGUCGGAAAUUGUUGAAGAUGACAUCAAAGAAAAAGAACAUAAAAAGAUCGCAGUCAAUGAUGACCUUGAAACGAAAACACACGAAGACUCUUUAACAGCGGGAAAUGCACAUUUCCCUCCCAGUUUAUGUACUGCCAAAAAAGAGAUUUCAUCUGAUAUGGAAGGAGAACGAGAACGAGAACUUAAUUUUAAAAGAAGGAGAUAUUUCAGUUCUAUUAAGGGCGUAAAUACAGUUUUGUGCAUCGAUACUUCUGACACCAUGAAACUAAAUGAUGCUUGGGAUCAAACAAAGGCGUUUGUCAAUGAUUAUGGAUCAGAAAACACAAAACUUAGCGGCGGCAGUAAAUUAGAAGCUGGAUUGAGGUUCUCAAAAAAUGCUGUGAUAAGCCUCGACAAUUAUGUUUUUAAUGUUAACAAAACUCGGAUAUCGCCCCGGAUAGUUGUUAUAACCGAUGGUAGGGCUGUUGUUCAGAAUCAGUCUAAAGUAACCGGAAAUGAAGAGUUCAAUCGUUUAAAAGAAGAAAUGACUGGUAUUCGAGAAAUGGACAUCGAAACUCAUUUCGUGUAUGUUGGAGAUCCAGAUUAUAUAUUCUUACAUAAACUUCGCGAAAUCAGUGCAGGAGAACUCCUACCCCACACUUCAGGUCCGAAAGUAGCAAAGGACGCAGUAUUCAAGUGCAUUUUGCAUGAUGAAAAAGACUUCUUGACGAGUAAGUUGAAAAAUUCCAUUAAUGAGAAUGAUGCUAGCACAAAAGAUGUUGACGGAGAUAUUGGUAACGUGCUUGAGGAGAUGCUUCAGCUAUUUUUCAAAGAUGAUGGCAGGUUAAUAAAAAGGCUGUUGAAUGAAACAUCUGCAAUGAAAGAAAUGAUUGAAAAAGAUCAAUCCGAUGAUAAAGACAUUGACAAA